AUAUGAAAGCCGAGAAUAAUGCCAACAUCAUAACGUGAAAGAAACUAACUUGAUAGGCAAGUCUCCUUAUAGCCUCAAACAUAUAAAUAGCUAAAUCCACCUUCUUUCUUCUCCUUGGCCCUCUCUCUCCCGUUUCUCCUUUUCUUUGUUUUCUAGUUUCAUUCAAGAUUUGUUUCAGGCCCCUUAACGUGAUUUCUGCGCCGCUGAAAAGAGCGGUAAUUGAUAAAUCAGGUCGUGCGUUGGAUCUACAGCUACAAGUGACAGGCUGACAGCUACUUUUUUUUCUCCAUUUUUAGCUCGGAUUUUAUAACAAUCACCCUCUAUUCAGAAGACCCACAUAUCAAUAUCAUCAUCCCGUUACGAAUGCAAUGCGAUAUAUGAGAAGGGAAACCCGUGCUUGAUGGACUGCUCACACAGUUGCAGUGACAAGAGAACAUUAAAGCGGUGGUUUUUCAUAGACAAAAGAGUUGGUUGAGCGAAGAUAAAAAAGUCGAAUAGGAAGCACAUAAAAUCAACCCUGUUUGUGACAAAGUCACCCUCUCAUAAUAUCAAACUCAAUCAUUUCUAGCUUUCUUUGAUACGUUGGUGCCCCUCAAAUAGUAUAGCUUGGUUCAAUGGAUUUGAAGUCCUCUCAUGUUUCUCCUGUUCUCACUGACCCUGUUCCCGUCAAUAAGUCAAGGCUUGGAAUACAUUCUAGUUUGCUGGCUUAUUCCCAGCAAGAUUCACCAGUCUCUCCGGGGAAGUACUCAAGAAGCAAUUCAAGGAAAAGUACAGGGAGUGUCGAUGAUGUGAGGUCCAAUGGUUGGUUGGAUGCCAUGAAGGCUUCUUCCCCUCCAAGGAAGAAGCUACUUAAAGGGUCCAGUUUUCAGAUUGCUUCAAUUGACUUUGAGAUUGAAGAUUAUUGUACAUGGAUGCUUGAAUAUCCUUCAGCACUAGACUCUUUUGAGAAAAUCGUUGACCUUGCUCAGAAUAAGAAGAUUGCUAUGUUUCUAGACUAUGACGGCACACUUUCACCGAUUGUAGAUGAUCCGGAUUGUGCCUUUAUGUCCGAAUCUAUGCGAACAACUGUGAGAAGUGUGGCAACAUAUUUCCCCACAGCAAUCAUCAGUGGAAGAAGCCGUGACAAGGUUUUUGAUCUUGUUAAACUAACAGAACUGUACUACGCUGGUAGUCAUGGGAUGGACAUUAUUGGCCCUGUCAGUGAGACUUUGUCCAAAAACCACCCUAAUUGUGUAAAGUCUACAGACCAUGAGGGAAAGGAAAUAACUCUCUUUCAACCUGCGAGAGAAUUCCUGCCUAUGGUUGAUGAGGUUUUUAGAACCCUCGUCGAGAUUACUAAAGAUAUAGAAGGCGUAAAAGUUGAAAAUCACAAAUUUUGCGUUUCUGUACAUUACCGUAAUGUAGAGGAGAAUAAUUGGACAAUAGUUGGACAACGUGUCCAUGAUGUCUUGCAAAAUUACCCUCGUUUAUGUUCAACUCAUGGACGGAAGGUUUUAGAAGUUCGUCCUGUGAUUGACUGGAAUAAAGGAAAAGCUGUUGAAUUUUUACUUGAAUCUCUAGGAUUUAAUGAUAGUGAUGGUGUGCUUCCCAUCUACAUUGGAGAUGAUAAAACUGAUGAAGAUGCAUUCAAGGUGCUGCGAGAGAGCAAUAGAGGUUAUGGGAUUUUGGUUUCGUCGGUGAGGAAAGAAAGCAAUGCCUGCUACUCUCUCCGAGACCCCAAUGAGGUCAUGAAAUUUCUCCAACUCCUGGUGAACUGGAAAAGACAAGAAAGAAAGCAUGGGAAGAUGUAAAGGCCAAAGCCUCAUUUUAUUUUAUAUACAAAUUAUUGAUUAUUUCUUCCUCCGCUUUCAUGUCUAUUAAGUUAUUACGAAUGGAAGCUACUGGAUACCUGCGGAUUAAUGGUUAUUAUUGCUAUACAGUAUGACUUUUUUAAUCUUCUCAGAUAUCAGCAGCUUCCGUCAAUUAUUUAGCAUUUUGCUAUAGCUGGAUCAGUAGUCAUUCCUGUAUCUUGGCAAGCAAAAUGAUAUGAAGAACAGUAAUAUUAUUUAUAA